AUUCUCACAAGUAAAAACUCAAAACAGAGGCUCCUAAAUCUCCCAUCUCUUUACUUCACAUUGAGUUGCGGAGAGGAGAAAUAGAGAGGAAAAGGGGAAGAGAGAGCUAUGAGGAAGAGCAGAGUUGAAGACAAAGAAGAACCUUAACUCCAAAUUUCCUUUACACCUUUUUGAAGAUGGUAGAGGAUUUUUCUUUCUUCAAUAAGGUGUGUAUGAUACUGGCAUUGCUUCUUUACCGUUUAUUUGUUCACUUUUUUCUUCUAGAACUUUUGAUUUGGGUAAAGGGUGUGUGGAUGUUCUUGAAAGUUCUUUCCUUUUUUGCAUGGUUAAUAGAUGGGUUUGUGUUUCUAUCAAGGAUUUGAUAGGAGAAAGUUUUAUUAUUUUCUUUUUCUUUUUCUUUUUGAUUUUAUUGAAGAUUCAAAUAGAAUGUAACCCACAUUACCUUUACCUGUUUUGUUCCUUUUUCUCCUUGUAUGUUUUCUGCGAGAUUGUUCAAAUGGAAUGUUGCAGUUUAUUCCCUUCAAGUAUCAUUCCCCUAUGUGACCAUCGCUUGAAUCUGUCGGUAAGCAUACUCACCGGCAAGAAAUUUAUCCUUCUUUGGGUAAAUUGAAGUCGAAGAAGGAAGAGCAAUAAAGGGCAUUUUUCCCUUAAACUUCAUCAUCUUCCCAUCAACCAUAACUAGCAUCGGAAAGAUUCGAGAGUUGGAGGUCCUUCUUCCCGUCCAGUCUCUCUAACCAUCCGAACCGUGUUUUCGGCUAAAAAGGAAACAGCACCAAUAGGCUAAAAAGGAAAUAAACACUUAAAAAUAAGCCCAAAAUUUAAGAUCCUCAUAUAAAUGAUUAUUAUGAGAAUAAAGUAUUUAUUUCGGACUUAGUUUCCAAAUGCAAAUAAAUGUUUAUUGGUGCUGUUUCGGCUCAAGCGCUCCUAAUUCCAAAUUUAGCAUAAGACGCAUGCACUCCAACCUCCUUUUUGCUCCCGUGUUUUCACCUCGUCCUCAUCUAGUGGUUGCUUGGCACCGGUGUGAUUUUCUAGUGAUUCGUUUGCACUAAGGUGGCAGCAAUGACACAUCAGCAAAUAAACGGAAUCGAUGUGAAAACUGUGUUUGUACUAUGCUUUUUUGAGAAACAGUCAGAAAACAUUUUUGCCUUGAAAUUCCGAAUUUCACCUUGUCAGCCAAAACACCUUUCUGACAUUUCACACCACUUCAAAAACGCAAUCCGACGUGGUUCCAGGUGUAAUCUAACGUGGCAACUUGUCACGUCGGAUAAUAAUUGAUUCAGUGCUUUGCAUGUGCAGCGGAGAGUUGAAUACACCCGAAGGCAACAAAAACCCAUUCGAUUUCAGCUUAACCCCUUCCUCUUCUUGCAGUCGUGAGGGUUCUUACUUCUUCCCGUCUCCGUCGUCGGUUCCGAUGAGAGCUACAAUAUCUUCUUCACCGUUUUUCUUUUUCAUUUUUUUUCUAACCUCCGGUGAGUUCUGUUUUCUUCAGGGUCUUCUUGCUGUUUUCUUCAGCAAGGCAAACACAGUUCCUUGCUGUUAUUCUUUAGAAAUCGUAGGUUUCGAUUUGCUCUUUUCUUCUUGCCGUUGUAUUCUCGAUUUGCUAUCUUCUCUCUCCUCCUGGUCAGGUGCAGAGAGCACAGUUUCUCUCUUCUUGCCGUUCUACACCAACUACGCCAUUUUCUGGGUAUUUUGAUACUGUUGGAUUAGAAUAAUUUUGUGUAUCAUAUGCACAUGAGUUGCAUAGGAUCAUUAAAUACUACACAGAAACAUGGAGUGCUCCCAGAUGCGUUUUUUAGAAAAAGCGUUUUUUCUUGGUGAUGUGGCAUGAAACAGAACCAAAUGAGAUUUUCUGAGAAAUGGUCAUGAAACGUUUCUUAAGCGUUAGGCGAUUUUCUGAGAAUCGAUUCGCUUGAAAAUCGCAAGGGUGCCAAACACCUACCUAACUGUUCACCCUCCCAACUUCCACUUGAGUGUCAUAGGGGUUUUUCUUGGAGACCUUCGGGACUCUAACGUUGCUUGUAGUUGCGGGUUUGUUCGAUUAUCUUCACAUACUCGUCUGGUUUCCUAUCUCUUUCCCCGUUGCAGAAGGGUAAUGUUUGUCCAAUUACCUCAUCUAACAGGGGAGGUUUAAGUCUCUUUUGAAAAGAAAAGCCCAUUAGACCAAAAAGAUAAAACCCCUAAAAACCGUAAAAGUCCAAAAUGAUUUUCAAAUGGCUACAACCGAAGCUUUUGGUCUAUUCGGGCUUUUCACCUACACCUAGCAAAAAUUUGAACUCGACGAAACAUCCUUCGUUCUCCACUUCCGUAACAGACUGAGAGGAACUUUGCCCCAAGCGACUGAGAAGCAUCGAUGCAGGAGGCUAAUUACUAGCUGUUCUUCACCGUGUUCAGAAUAGCCACUCUCAGACCUGAACCUAUGUUCUUAACUUCUAAGGUUUGUAACCCUUAGGUUUUACCCUUGCACCAGAAAUGGUCCAUGGUUUUAGAUUGUUGUCUACAUAUGAAGGGGACAAAUACAGGCACAGAACUGCUGAUAUGUGUUGGGCUUAUACGGUCCCGCGCAUAAACUUUUAACAUGUAUGUAAGAGGAACUGGUGGAGUAGGACAUUGUGAGAUAAGCAUGGGGAGGAAAGAAAAGAAAGACAAGGAUCAUAAGGACGAUGUUUGUUGGCUGUCAGUUCAUGGAGGGGUUGCUGCUUUACUCCUGUGCAUUGCUGUGUUUGCUUUGUUGGUGAGAGUGGCGGUUUCCAUUCAUCCCUAUUCAGGGGCUGGAGAUCCGCCCAAGUAUGGGGAUUAUGAAGCGCAGAGGCAUUGGAUGGAAAUCACCCUUAACACCCCUGCCAAGGAAUGGUAUCGUAACAGCACCAUCAAUGAUCUAACCUAUUGGGGCCUUGAUUACCCUCCUCUUACUGCCUACCAGAGCUAUGUCCAUGGCCUCUUCCUCAGGUUCUUCCAUCCUGAUUCUGUUGCCCUCUUCACUUCUAGAGGCCAUGAGUCCCCUAUUGGAAAACUUCUCAUGAGGUGGACAGUAUUGUCUUCCGACGUGAUCGUGUUUUUCCCUGCAGCUCUCUAUUUCAUCAUUGUCUUUUACACUGGACGCCGUGACAACUGUAAAGAAGAUAUUGCAUGGCAUCUUGCAAUAAUUUUACUAAAUCCUUGCCUCAUCCUAAUAGAUCAUGGACAUUUCCAGUUCAACUGCAUCAGUUUGGGAUUCACCAUUGGAGCUGUUGCUGCUAUCUUCUCUAAACAUGAAUUGGUAGCUUCAGUGCUAUUCAGUCUUGCACUCAACCACAAACAGAUGAGUGCAUAUUUUGCCCUAGCAUUCUUCAGCCAUCUGUUGGGGAAGUGUCUUAGGCGUCAAAAACCAUUUCUUGAGGUGUUAAAACUAGGUUUGGUUGUAUUGGGAACAUUUAUUAUUACGUGGUGGCCUUAUCUGUAUUCAGUGGAUGCAUUCAUGCAGGUUCUCUCUCGCUUAACUCCCUUUGAGAGAGGGAUAUAUGAGGAUUAUGUAGCAAACUUUUGGUGUACCACCUCAAUCAUCAUAAAGUGGAAGAGGCUGUUCACAACGCAAUUGCUGCAGCUUCUCAGUUUCAAUGCAACUAUUUUGGCUGCCUUGCCUUCAAUGGUUCAACAGAUAAGAUAUCCAAGCAAUCAAGGAUUCCUCUAUGCUCUAUUGAAUAUUUCGUUUGCAUUUUACCUGUUCUCAUUUCAAGUUCACGAGAAGUCCAUUCUAUUACCUCUUCUACCAGCAAGCCUUUUGGCUGUGGAAGAACCUCAUCUUUUCGGGUGGUUGACUUACUAUGCUUUGCUUUCGAUGUACCCUCUUCUUCUGCGUGAUCAUCUUAUCCUACCAUAUGUGUCUCUGCUUGCUCUAUUUAUUCUUUUUAACUAUUCGCCUAUCAGAAGACAAGGAAGAAAGGAGAGAGGUUUUCUCUCUGUGUGGAAAGUUCUUCUGAUAACCUUGCUCCUUUCUUGCUCUCUUGUACUCCACCUAAUUUACUUGAUGUUGAAGCCUCCAGAGAGGUAUCCCUUCCUCUUUGAUGCUAUGAUUAUGCUUCUUUGCUUCUCUCAAUUUGUGUUGCUUGCUGCUUACACAAAUGUAAAGCAAUGGAAAUUUAUGAGCCACUCUACAUCUAUUGAAAAGGAGAAGAAAAUUCUUUGAUCUCUUUAUUUAAAAACUAGGCAUUUUUUUAUUGCCUCGUGCUUCUGUUGAUUUAGGGAAAUGUGUCAAUGAUGUGAGCAAACAAAAAUGGAGAUACCUCUGAUUAUAUUUGAAUAUGUGCACUUGAAAAUAAGUACUAACAGAAUGUGUUAUGUGCAUAAUCCAAUAUAGCUAACAUGUUGCUUGAUGUUGACAUA